AAUUCCCCAAACAUAUUUCAGUACUCCGUUUUCGAAUUCAAAACAAACCAAUUAGUUGCAACAAUCGCCUCGAUUCCGGAACCAGAAUGCAAUUCUUUACUUUGCACCGGAAGUUCGUGUACGUUCGUUAUCGGAACCAGUUGUGCUCCUGUUCUACGCUCAUCGUCAUCGUGCUGACCGUACUAGCCUUGAUCCUACCGGCUUGGUUGCUUCUCGAAGUCAAUCCCAGCACCCUGCGGGAUCACUUCCGGUUGGUCUACGAGCAGCCCAAUGUCGCUUUCGCUUACCGAUAUCUGCUGCUGGCGGAAGUUGGCCGAUCGGCUGAGACGUCAUCAGCCCCAGGUACCGAUAUCAUUAGCUGCAGUUCUUUCGAGUCGUACAAUUCACUGACCGAGGAAUGGCAAGAGUGCAAUGCGAUAAAGGUAGUCAGCAGCGACGAUGACAUGGAUGGAAAAAUCGAUCGGUUGAGUGCAUCGGUAAGCUUCAAUCUGCCGGAAGGUUCCACCGGACUGAUGUUCUAUACAUUCUACUAUUUCCUGGAUGCAGAAGUUACGAGCCAGUGCAGCUUUAAAUUACCGACCAUAGUGGCUUUGAACAAAGUAGCUUCUCCACACCAAUCAUUUACAUCCGGAACCAUAGAGCAUCGAGGCCACCUGAAGGCAGUCCAAUCGAAAUAUUUGCAAUGUCCAUUUUUUAUGCGCUCGAUCAAAUCACAUUUCGAUCACAAUUACUACCCAACGGAAAAUUUCACCACCAUUGAUGAAUUCCUUCCGGAACAAAUUGUACUGAAAAUUGAAAACCUUAAUGCUGCCUACUUUCAUAUGGAAGAGGACCAGAAAGCUUGGACUAAAAACGGAAGUGAUGAAGUGACGAUUAAGAUAGAUUUAUCAAUCGGUGGAUCCGGUGACAGACAUACGUCGUUGUUGUACAAUUCUUCAACCUGGCAGAAAGUAACUGAGUUCUGGAUUUACUAUUUUCCUCUGCUGGCGGUAGUCUUAUGGAUACUCGAUACGAUUAAAGACCGAUUGUUUGGCGAUUAUUUUCUAAGAUCACUGGAGAUUAUCCCUUAGGGGAAACUGAAACA